AUGGUUGAUAUGGGAUCAACAGCAUGCGAGGGGAUGUAUUCUAAACUUAUCUACAACGAUAGUCAAUUUUUGGAAGAUGCAGAGCUGUGCGGUCCUGAAGUGCACACUGGUAAGAAAAAAAGUGUUUCCUAUGCAAAGCAAUUUAUUUAGGGAAAUUAUACAAAUUAUCUAAAAUGUUACAGUAAUGAAAGCAGCAGGUAUUGGAAAUAGCCUUCAUGGUUUUGAAAUGUAUGCCAUGUGGGACAAGAACAAAAUUCAAAUUAAUGUGAUUACGAUAUGACAAAGAGAGCCUAAUGAUAUGAAGGAUUUACAUUGUAAAGUUUCGGGAGUUACUUUGGUUAUGCAGUGUUGACUCAGGCAUGAUGUGUAUUGCAUUCACAAUAAAGUUCACUCAGGGUUGCCAUGUCUGUCUUGCGUAUUUACCUUCUUGUCAAAUCAACUCAAUAGAAUAGACACCGCUUCUAAUUCAUAUUGAAUAUGCUUCCUCCCACGUAUCUGACACCAUAGCUAAAAGUAAAAUGAUUAUAUAAUCGUAUAAUAUUAUAGAACUGUCAGAAGUUCUGAAAAACAAUAGUUAUUUAUCAAGAAAUGUUAGUUAAAUUAAAUCUAGCAUAUAAUGUGAAAAAAUAUAUUUGCGUGCUGUGGCCUUAAUACUGUGAAGUGAAAAUAUUAUAAAUUUCAAAAUGUGUCAAUCUGUUCAUCUGGGACCCCCAGCAGUUGCACAUUUUUUAUAUUCCAGCACUAGCAUACCUGAUUCAACAAGUCAACUAAUCUUCAAGCCAUUGACUAAUUGAAUCAGAUGUGCUAAUGCUGCAAUUGGACAAAAUGUGCAACAGCUGGGGUUCCCUGAGAAACAGAUUUGAAAACACGCACCACAGGAAAUAUUAGUUACAGGAAUCCCAUCUAAAAUGGCGAAUUUUCUCCAAACUGGAAACAAGCUACACCCCCUUCCCAUACAGCCCAUGUAGUUUUCCCGGAGUCCUCUUACUACCCCGGGGUGCGGUAAGUAACGACUCGUCCAAACAUGCUCAUGACAUUUAACAGCAAGAUAAAUGUUCUUCUUUGUGUAGUGAUAGCACAUUUGCCUGUACAUGUUUAAUUUCCUAAACUAGAACAUCAACAUCCAUAAUCCUUCACUACAAAUAUUAUGUGAAGUGUAAUUCAACAACAGGCAUUUUGUGAAUCAUCGGUGAGCAAGAGGUAGCCUACUAACACAGAAGAGCAGAAUAGUCACAUUAGUUUUCUUUAAAUAACUUGCGUUCCUCUUUUAACAGUUGGCUCAAACAAACAUCAAAUCAACAGUUCCACAAUUCUACAAGUACUGAAUUACAUUGAUAUGGUAUAUACAGUUGAAGUCUGAAGUUUACAUACACCUUAGCCAAAUACAUUUAAACUCAGUUUUUCACAAUUCCUGACAUUUAAUCCUAGUAAACAUUCACUGUCUUAGGACAGUUAGGAUCACCACUUUAUUUUAAGAAUGUGAAAUGUCAGAAUAAUAGUAGAGAGUGAUUUAUUUAAGCUUCCUGACUGAUGUCUUGAGAUGUUGCUUCAAUAUAUCCACAUAAUUUUCCUUCCUCAUGAUGCCAUCUAUUUUGUGAAGUGCACCAGUCACUCCUGCAGCAAAGCACCCCCACAGCAUGAUGCUGCCACCCCCGUGCUUCACGGUUGGGAUGGUGUUCUUCGGCUUGCAAGUCUCCCCUUUUUCCUCCAAACAUAACGAUGGUCAUUAUGGCCAAACAGUUCUAUUUUUGUUUCAUCAGACCAGAGGACAUUUCUCCAAAAAGUACAAUCUUUGUCCCCAUGUACAGUUGCAAACCGUAGUCUGGCUUUUUUAUGGCGGUUUUGGAGUAGUGGCUUCUUCCUUGCUGAGCAGCCUUUCAGGUUAUGUCGAUAUAGGACUCGUUUUACUGUGGAUAUAGAUACUUUUGUACCUGUUUCCUCCAGCAUCUUCACAAGGUUCUUUGUUGUUGUUCUGGAAUUGAUUUGCACUUUUCGCACCAAAGUACGUUCAUCUCUAGGAGACAGAACGCGUCUCCUUCCUGAGCGGUAUGACGGCUGCGUGGUCCCAUGGUGUUUAUACUUACAUACUAUUGUUUGUACAGAUGAACGUGGUACCUUCAGGCCUUUAGAAAUUGCUCCCAAGGAUGAACCAGACUUGUGGAGGUCUACACAUUUUUUUCUGAGGUCUUGGCUGAUUUCUUUUGAUUUUCCCAUGAUGUCAAGCAAAAGGCACUGAGUUUGAAGGUAGGCCUUGAAAUACAUCCACAUGUACACCUCCAAUUGACUCAAAUGAUGUCAAUUAGCCUAUCAGAAGCUUCUAAAGCCAUGACAUCAUUUGCUGGAAUUUUCCAAGCUGUUUAAAGGCACAGUCAACUUAGUGUAUGUAAACUUCUGACCCACUGAAAUUGUGAUACAGUGAAUUAUAAGUGAAAUAAUCUGUCUGUAAAUAAUUGUUGGAAAAAUUACUUGUGUCAUGCACAAAGUAGAUGUCCUAACCAACUUGCCAAAACCAUAGUUUGUUAACAAUACAUUUGUGGAGUGGUUGAAAAACGAGUUUUAAUGACUCCAACCUAAGUUUAUGUAAACCUCAGACUUCAACUGUACCUAAUGAUUAGUAGCCAGUAGCCUGUUUCCUUCUCAAACACCCACAAUAACAAUUGUUUAUUCCAAUCAUUAGGGCUAUUUUUCAAGGAUGACAAAAUUCUAAUUUUAUUUGAACCCUUUUUUCUUUGUGUAAACCACAUAAAAAAUGCAAUCUCCCCCACAACAAUCUCCCCCACAUUGGUUGAAGCUAAUGUUAAAUUAAAAUCGCCCUACCAUCAUAUCUAAGCCAACAUGACACCAAUGUCGAUUAAAAUAAGCAAAUCAACUUGAUUGGAGGUACACAACACACUCUGUCACAACACAACACAACACGCCUUUCGUCAUGAACAGUCUGGCCGUUACCGAGAACCACAUAGCGGAUUUUUAACAGGGUCGUUACAUUUUUUUUUUUCUAAUGCUAUCUUGCCCUGACCUCAACAUCUAGACGUCGGAUAAGAACAAGACGACAACGUCCAUAAAGUGACAAUUAGACUUGCCACAUUUCGGACUGAAUAAGUUUGUAGGGGCAACAGUUUUAAUAAAAUGUAUAAUUUAUCCUCUCACGUGAUAAUUUCUGUCCAUUUAAGAACCAACAAUGUGCUACCUUUUUGUAGCAUUUCUGACAAUGCUAACAUAUUUUCAGCUGAAUCGCAGUUCUAAAACCUGACCAAAGCACUUGGGUUGCGCAGCAACAGCGCUAGUAGCUAGCUAACACCAGUUGGAUGAGAGGCAAGCUACAAGCAAAGGAAGUCAGCUAUAUUUUGCGAAGGAAGGUUUUUCCCAUGGCUGAAGUCAUCUGUGUAAACUGUUGGCCUUGACAAUUGUGUGUAAUCAGAGCACAAACAAAUAAGCACAAAUAACGCCUCGAUCACACCGACAGCUUCAUUGCAUUUUGGUACACCAGAAGUACAUUCAUUUCCAAUGGAACGCUGCGUUUGCUUGCAGCAUUUCGUUGCAGAGGCAGUUGCAGUGUGUUCUGUGUGGUGCAUACGUUGGAUUUAGCAAACGUAUGCGUCAAACUGUAUGCGUAGACGGCUUGACAGAAAUGGUAGCAGAAGGUGAAUGUUUAACUUUUGUUGCACACAUCCAGAUGAUGCUGCGUAGCAUUUUAUGCAUUUACGCUAUCGGUGUGAUCAAGGCGUAAGAUAGCAAAUGUCCUUGGCUGCUAUUGCCAGUUAGCCAGCCAACUAACGUUAGCUAGCUACAAGCCAACAAGGAUGUAACAUUAGCAGUAUGGACAGAUCGUGCACAGGCACAACUCAAUGUUGACAAUAUAUCCCACAUUCUUCCACAAAGCACAGCUAGAUAGCUUGCUAGCUAAGUAAAGUUCAUAGUCAACACCAAACUUUGGGAAACUGCCACACCAAUAAUAUACACUGCUCAAAAAAAUAAAGGGAACACUUAAACAACACAAUGUAACUCCAAGUCAAUCACACUUCUGUGAAAUCAAACUGUCCACUUAGGAAGCAACACUGAUUGACAAUAAAUUUCACAUGCUGUUGUGCAAAUGGAAUAGACAACAGGUGGGAAUUAUAGGCAAUUAGUAAGACACCCCCAAUAAAGGACUGGUUUUGCAGGUGGUGACCACAGACCACUUCUCAGUUCCUAUGCUUCCUGGCUGAUGUUUUGGUCACUUUUGAAUGCUGGCGGUGCUUUCACUCUAGUGGUAGCAUGAGACGGAGUCUACAACCCACACAAGUGGCUCAGGUAGUGCAGCUCAUCCAGGAUGGCACAUCAAUGCGAGCUGUGGCAAGAAGGUUUGCUGUGUCUGUCAGCGUAGUGUCCAGAGCAUGGAGGCGCUACCAGGAGACAGGCCAGUACAUCAGGAGACGUGGAGGAGGCCGUAGGAGGGCAACAACCCAGCAGCAGGACUGCUACCUCCGCCUUUGUGCAAGGAGGAGCAGGAGGAGCACUGCCAGAGCCCUGCAAAAUGACCUCCAGCAGGCCACAAAUGUGCAUGUGUCUGCUCAAACGGUCAGAAACAGACUCCGAGGGUGGUAUGAGGGCCCGACGUCCACAGGGGGGGGGGUUGUGCUUACAGCCCAACACCGUGCAGGACGUUUGGCAUUUGCCAGAGAACACCAAGAUUGGCAAAUUCGCCACUGGCGCCCUGUGCUCUUCACAGAUGAAAGCAGGUUCACACUGAGCACAUGUGACAGACGUGACAGAGUCUGGAGAUGCCGUGGAGAACGUUCUGCUGCCUGCAACAUCCUCCAGCAUGACCGGUUUGGCGGUGGGUCAGUCAUGGUGUGGGGUGGCAUUUCUUUGGGGGGCCGCACAGCCCUCCAUGUGCUCGCUAGAGGUAGCCUGACUGCCAUUAGGUACUGAGAUGAGAUCCUCAGACCCCUUGUGAGACCAUAUGCUGGUUUGAUUGGCCCUGGGUUCCUCCUAAUGCAAGACAAUGCUAGACCUCAUGUGGCUGGAGUGUGUCAGCAGUUCCUGCAAGAGGAAGGCAUUGAUGCUAUGGACUGGCCCGCCCGUUCCCCAGACCUGAAUCCAAUUGAGCACAUCUGGGACAUCAUGUCUCGCUCCAUCCACCAACGCCAUGUUGCACCACAGACUGUCCAGGAGUUGGCGGAUGCUUUAGUCCAGGUCUGGGAGGAGAUCCCUCAGGAGACCAUCCGCCACCUCAUCAGGAGCAUGCCCAGGCAUUGUAGGGAGGUCAUACAGGCACGUGGAGGCCACACACACUACUGAGCCUCAUUUUGACUUGUUUUAAGGACAUUACAUCAAAGUUGGAUCAGCCUGUAGUGUGGUUUUCCACUUUAAUUUUGAGGGUGACUCCAAAUCCAGACCUCCAUGGGUUGAUACAUUUGAUUUCCAUUGAUAAUUUUUGUGUGAUUUUGUUGUCAGCACAUUCAACUAUGUAAAGAAAAAAGUAUUUCAUAAGAUUAUUUCAUUCAUUCAGAUCUAGGAUGUGUUAUUUUAGUGUUCCCUUUUAUUUUUUUGAGCAGUGUAUAAUACAUUAAAUGGGCGUUGCUCAUCCAACGUUAACUAACUUUAUUCCUUACACUAGUCAACCUGGCUUGCUUAGGCCUUGAUCACACCGAUAGUGUUUUUGCGCAAAAUAGUAUGCAGCAUCCUCUGGAUAUGUGUGCAACAAAAGUUAAACAUUCACCUUCUGCUACCAUUUCUGUCAUGCCGUCUACGCAUACAGUUUAACGCAUACGUUCGAUAAAUCCAACAUAUGCACCACACAGAACGCACUGCAACUGUCUCUGCAACGCAAUGCUGCAAGGCAAACGCAACCUUCUAUUGGAAAUGAAUGUACUUCUGGUGUACCAAAAUGCAAUGACGCUGUCGGUGUGAUCGAGGCGUUAGCAAUGUAACUAGCUAACAUUACAGCCCUCACCUUAUUCAUUGAUUUGGUACGCUACCCUCCUCUGUUAAUGCAAUUUUCUUAUUGUCAUUAUAAUCCAAAGUUGUGCUGACUUAUUAUUAACACCGUGUCAAGUUACUUUUCAAUGUAUUCCCGAAAACCUGAAGUCAACAUCCAAGUAAAAAGUAGCCUGUGGGAUGUGGGUGCACCCAGGUUAAACAACACCAAGAUCAUUUCUUGCUUGUGCCUUUGCACAUUCAAAAGAAAACGCCAUGCUUGCUAACUUGGUUAGCUAUUUUACUGUUUUCAACACAUCAACUGUUUUUGAUUAUUUUGUUUUAUCAAGCAAGUCAAAAAAGAAAAUUCAAUCAGUACUGCGUGAAUGAACAACAACAACAAAAGCUUCCUAUCGUCACCAGACUGUCCAUUUACUGUAAAUAGAGUGUCAAGAUAAGGCAUUCAUGACAGGGUUGGUAGCCUAAGCAUUAACGUCACCGCCAUGGGAUCUGAAGGUCCUGGGUUCGCCUCUCUGAGGAGACAUAUUGACCAUUUUCUUUCGUGUAUAGUUUUGACACCCCCUCCCAGUCCCAUGGCGUAUGUGGACACCUGCUCGUCGAACAUCUCAUUCCAAAAUCAUGGCCAUUAAUAUGGAGUUGAUCCCCCUUUGCUGCUAUAACAGCCUCCACUCUCCUGGGAAGGCUUUCCACUAGAUGUUGGAACAUUGCUGCGGGGACUUGCUUCCAUUCAGCCACAAGAGCAUUAGUGAGGUCGAGGUCUGAUGUUGGGCGAUUAGGCCUGGCUCGCAGUCAGCUUCCAAUUCAUCCCAAAGGUUUUUGAUAGAGUUGAGGUCAGGGAUCUGUGUAGGCCAGUCACGUUCUUCCACACCGAUUUUGACAAACCAUUUCUGUAUGGACCUCGCUUUGUGCACGGGGGCAAUGUCAUGCUGAAACAGGAAAGGGCCUUCCCCAAACUGUUGCCACAAAGUUGGAAGCACAGAAUCGUCUACAAUGUCAUUGUAUGCUGUAGCGUUAAGAUUUCCCUUCACUGGAACUAAGGAGCCUGAACCAUGAAAAACAGCCCCAGACCAUUAUUCCUCCUUCACCAGACUUUACAGUUGGCACUAUGCAUUGGGGCAGGUAGCGUUGUCCUGGCAUCCGCCAAACCCAGAUUUGUCCGUCGACUGCCAGAUGGUAAAGCGUGAUUCAUCACUCCAGAGAACGCGUUUCCACUGCUCCAGAGUCCAAUGGCGGCGAGCUUUACACCACUCCAGCCGACGCUUGGCAUUGCGCAUGGUGAUCUUAGGUUUGGAAACCCAUGGAAACCCAUUUCAUGAAGCUCCCGACGAACAGUUCAUGUGCUGAUGUUGUUUCCAGAGGCAGUUUGGAACUCAGUAGUGAGUGUUGCAACCGAGGACAAACUAUUGCGCUACGCGCUUCAGCACUCGGCGGUCCCGUUCUGUGAGCUUGUGUGGCAUACCACUUCACGGCUGAGCCGUUGUGGUUCCUAGACGUUUCCACUUCCACAAUAACAGCACUUACAGUUGACUGGGGCAGCUCUAGCAGGGUAGACAUUUUACGAACUGACCUGUUGCAAAGAUUGCAUUCUAUGAUGGUGCCACAUCGAAAGUCACUGAGCUCUUCAGUAAGGCUUUUCUACUGCCAGUGUUACCUAUGGAGAUUGCAUGGCUGUGUGCUUGACUAUAUACACCUGUCAGCAACAAGUGUGGCUAAAAUAGCCGAAUCCACUAAGUUGAAGGGAUGUCCACAUACUUUUGGCCAUGUCGUGUAUGUAUAUAUACAUAGAACACAAAUAUAAACGCAACACGUAAGGUGUUGGUCCCCUUUUUCAUGAGCUGAAAUGAAAAAUCCCAGAAAUGUUCCAUACGCACAAAAGCUUAUUUCUCUCAAAUGUUGUGCACAAAUCUGUUUAUAUCCCUGUUAGUGAGCAUUUCUCCUUUGCCAAGAUAAUCCAUCCACCUGACAAGUGGUCAUUACACAGGUGCACCUUGUGUUGGGGACAAUAAAAGGCCACUUUAAAAUGUGCAGUUUUGUCACACAACAUAAUGCCACAGAUGUCUCAGGUUUUGAGGGAGUGUGCAAUUGGCACGCUGCGUGCAGGAAUGUCCAACAGAACUGUUGCCAGAUAAUUUAAUGUUAAUUUCUCUACCAUAAGCUGCCUCCAACGUUUUUUAGUGCACCUGGCACCUACUAUUAUACCCCGUUCAAAGGCACUUAAAUAUUUUGUAUUGCCCAUUCACCCUCUGAAUGGUACACAUACACAAUCCAUUUUUCAACUGCCUCAAGGCUUAAAAAUCAUCCUUUAACUUGUCUCCUCCAUUUCAUCUACACUGAUUGAAGUGGAUUUAACAAGUGACAUCAAUAAGGAAUCAUAACUUUCACCUGGAUUCACCUGGUCAGUUUUGUAUACUCAAUGUAUUUAGGCUUGCCAUGUCAUGUCAUCGCACCUCUCUUUCAAUUAUACUUAAUAGUUUUUGAUUUCAUACUUUUUUCCAUACUUUUUAUAAUGAUUCAUGGUCUAUACUAUUUUUUUUAAAUUUUUUUACAAAACACAGAUAUAUGGUUCUUUGUCUGUAGGAUUACCUUUAGUUGACAUUCUGAGAAGAUUUCAGUGUGUGCAUCCCCCAACCUGCAGACAGUAGGCUAUAGUAUAGUAUCUCACUAUGCCAUCAACUGUUUCCGGUGCACAAAAGCCCCCCAAAACCGCAUACAGGGCAAUUAACACCAACAUUUUCAACUGAAACAUAGCUCAAUACACUGGUGUCAUGUACUUCUCUGUGUCCUCCAUAACAGUGUCUGUUCCCUCACUGAGAGCGGGCUCCAGACAGAGGGGCCCCGGGCCGUACAGGUUAGCCACGGGCUGCCUGGCCACACUCUGUGCUGUCCUGCUGAUUUCCAUCAUCGCUAUGAGCACCAACUGUGAGUAUAUUAAACACACAACCACCACACAAUGUUGCUUCAAUGUUGCCUCCAUAAACCACUUCCUGAUGUACCCUAGUGUCCCAAUGUGACACAACAUCUAAAUAGAGGGCUCUGCUUCUGCCUUUUCCCCUCCGUUUAUUGACUUGUGUUGUCGGUGAUUGGUUACAUGACGACUGUGUGUGUGUCUGUGUCUCUGUGUGUGUGUGUGGGGGGGGGGGGGGCAUGGACUCAUGGAAUCUGAAUGCAGUGUGUGGGGCUGUCAGGGAAUUACAUUGUGAAACACUCACAGCUGUUUUAAAUCAAAUCAAAUUGUAUUUGUCACAUGCGCCGAAUACAACCGGUGUAGACCUUACAGUGAAAUGCUUACUUACAAGCCCUUAACCAACAAUGCAGUUUUAAGAAAAAUAAGUGUUAAGUAAGUAGAAAAUAAAAAUAACAAAUAAUUAAAGAGCAGCAGUAAAAUAACAGUAGCGAGGCUAUAUACAGGGGGUACCGGUACAGUCAAUGUGCGGGGGCACAAGUUAGUCGAGGUAAUUGAGGUAAUAUGUACAUGUAGUUAAAGUGACUAUGCAUAGAUAAUAAACAGAGAGUAGCAGCAGCGUAAAGGAGAGGAGGGGGGGGGGGGACGGGGGGACGGGACAAUGCAAAUAGUCCGGGUAGCCAUGUCAUUAGCUGUUCAGGAGUCUUAUGGCUUGGGGGUAGACGCUGUUAAGAAGCCUUUUGGACCUAGACUUGGCGCUCCGGUACCGCUUGCCGUGCGGUAGCAGAGAGAACAGUCUAUGACUAGGGUGGCUGGAGUCUUUGACAAUUUUUAGGGCCUUCCUCUGACACCGCCUGGUAUAGAGGUCCUGGAUGGCAGGAAGCUUGGCCCCAGUGAUGUAUUGGGCCGUACGCACUACCCACUGUAGUGCCUUGCGGUCGGAGGCCCGAGCAGUUGCCAUACCAGGCAUUGAUGCAACCAGUCAGGAUGCUCUCGAUGGUGCAGCUGUAUAACUUUUUGAGGAUCUGAGGACCCAUGCCAAAUCUUUUCAGUCUCCUGAGGGAGAAUAGGCUUUGUCGUGCCCUCUUCACGACUGUCUUCGUGUGUUUGGACCAUUUAAACUGUCUUCACUAGCUAGUGCUACCAGAUACUCAUUUGCGUUGUGUAAUUUAUUUCCCAAAUCCCAACGGUCCCAAGGGUUAGGCAUAAGAUUAGCAGUGUGGUUAAGGUUAGGUUUAAAAUCAGAUUUUAUGCCUCCAGUACAUCCCAAUAAAUGCAACCUGCAAAAAACAACUGAUAUGAAACUCUACUUGCACCCUGACAAGGUGUAAGAGGUCAAAAAGCGGUGUUGAGUCAGUGAUUGUUGCUCCUGAACAAAUCAUAGGGCCGCAGUUGACGAUUUCAUACUCGGCACAUUAAUUAAUAGACAUUUGCUUGUUUUGUUCUAUGGGGCUACCUUCCUAUGACUUAUGUCUGCCAAGUUCAACUAGCCUUAUCUAAGGAACCUCUCCACAUCUGCCGUACACUCACCUUAUUCUUUGUCUUUGCCUUCCAUUCUUUAAAGACUUGUUGUUUUUCCUGGAUGCUUUGGACUGAAGUCCCCUGCUUCUUCCUCUCAGAUAAGAACCUUUAUCAGGGCUUGCGCAAUGAGCAUCAGGCUCCUCUGUCUCAGAAUGAGUCUGGUGGUCAGAUCCAGAUGCAGAGGCAGCCCACCAACGUGACCACCCUGAUUGAAGCCCUGAGCAAACUGCAGAUGGAGAAAGAAGACCUUAUGAAGGAGAGAGAUGAGCUUCUGGCCAGGUUGGCCAAAUCAGGUCAGCAAUGUGUGUGUAUGGGUGUGUGUGUCAUGCCAUCAGGGGCGCAACUCUCAUUCUGAAAUUGCAUUUUUGCCUCCCCCAGUUUUAUCAUUGGAAUGUGAUACAAAACGAGGCAACGGUGUGCUUUAGGACCAUGCGGAUGCCUCCGAGCAGACGGGUAGGCUGUUUUGAGUGUUUAUCCGACUGGAUAAGAAAUUAAUUAAUAAAAAGGUAUGUCCCCCCCCCACUUCUAAAACCAAAGUUGCGCCCCUGCAUGACAUGAUGCUGAAUUAAAUCAAACAUUUGCUGUAGAUCUAAAUCCUACCUUCUGCUGUGUAUGACAGAACUAGAGCCCACAUCACCCCCAUUACCCCCAUCUCCACUGUCACCUACGUCAACCCCAUUGCCCCCUUCAACCCCGCUAACCUGUCCUCGGGACUGGCUGGUGUUCAACAGCAGCUGCUACUACAUCUCCACCAGGAGUAUGAGCUGGCCAGACAGCCAGGCCUGGUGCAAGGAGAAAGGAGGCCACCUGGCCAUCAUACACACUGCUGAGGAACAGGUGAGAGAGGGGAGAGAGAGGGAGGGAGGAAGAGAGGGAGGGAUUGGGGGGAGGAGAGGGAGAGAAGGAGAGGAGGGGGUGGAGUGAAAGAUGGAAAGAGAGGUGAGGUGGGUGAGAGGAAAAGGGAGAAAGAAGGAAGGUGGGAAACAGAGAGAGGGAAGGAGAGAGAGGAGGAGGGAGGUGGUGGAUUAGACAUUUUCUCAAAUAUCUUGCAAGGCUGUAAAUAACAGAUCAAUAGGGAAGAUAAAGUCCUAUGUCAACAAGAGAGUAUUGGGGUUCAUGAUAAUAGUCUAAACCAAUUUCCCCUGCUACAAAGAAAUAAUUGCAUUGAGUGAAUGUUAUUUUAUCAUUUAUCCUGUUAUAGACGUCAUCAUUCACAUACCAAUGUAAACAUGUCUCCUGUUAUAGACAUUGUCACAUCUCUCAAGAUACUACCUUUCUGAACUGUCUAUCAUCUAAACGUGUGGAAGGCCAUCGCCCAAAUACUGCCAGAUCCCUAUAUUUGUUUUGUUUAAUGACAUUUUAGUCAUUUAGCAGACACUAUCCAGAGCGACUUACAGGAGCAAUUAGGCUUAAGUGCCUUGCUCAAGAGAACAUUAACAGAUUUUGUUCACCUUGUCGGCUCUGUGAAUCGAACCAGCGGCCUGGUUUAUUUUGUUUUUAAAGCGACUUUGAGAUUCUACUUGAAAUGAAAAGUGCUAUAUAAAAUAAAUAUAUUAUUAUUAUUAUUAUUAUUAUUAUUAUUAUUAUUAUCCCAAUGUAAUCAUGUCUCCUGUUACAGACGUUUCUGUGGAACCAGUUACCUCGGGGCCACUGGAAUGCCUACUGGUUUGGAAUCAGUGAUGAGACGGCUGAGGCAGACUGGCUUUGGGUCGAUGGAACCAAAUUGGUCGGG